GCAGAGCUGAAGGCCUCACGAGGUUUCUGGCCUGUGGUGGCUGUGCCCCCUGAAGGAACUUCAUCAUCUCCGAGCUCUUCCACGCCAUCCUCCUCAAAAGGGAAAGGAAAGAGAAAAGGUAAGUCCCCACGAAAGGGAUCUCCGGCUGCUCGCACACCUGCAGCUGGCUACAACCUCACUUGCCUGAAAUGUGGAAAAGAAGGCCACUGGGCAUCACAAUGUCCCAAUGGACCAUCCUCCAGUCGGACAUCGACUACUUCACCACCGAGAGCAAAACAAGAUGCUAUGUACGCCACUGGAUAUGUCGCCAAUGGCUAUGUGGAUGCAUUGCCCACCUCAGACCUUGUAGGCCUUUUGGACACUGGGGCAAGCAGUGUUGUGAUUGGCCACAAUGGCCUGAUGACCUUGUUGACACAGAUGCACUCCUUUGGCAUCACCAUGGACUCCUUGCGGUUCAGACCUGCCAACAAGCUGUUCCACCUUGACACCUACCUGUCCACCACUGGACGUUCUGGCCCUGAGCUGGCCCUUGCUGCUGAAGAACCACCUGCGGAGGAAGAAGACGAUCGUUUUGACCCUGCGGGUAUCAACCUGCACUAUGAGGAGCCCUGAAGACGUCUUCAAGCCCAUCACGAACAAGUUGCUCAACAAGUUGAACAACUACCAGCAGUUGAAACAAGCGCAGCAGCGACAGUCAAUAGAACAAGCCCUGCGAGCUUUUGAACGAGGC